CUUGCUCGUUUGGUUGACAAUCGCGAUGUGUAUUCUACAUCGUCGCAUGCUGAGUUAUAUUUUCAACAAAAUCUUUUAAUUUUUGUAUUAGUUAGUUGAUUAAUUUCUAAAUGUUUUCUUUCAUUGUGUCUGCCUUUCUGUGUUUUGGUUUCUAAAUAUGUGUAAUUUGCCGCCGAAGUUCCAUUCAGUGUGUCGCCUUUGUUUAUCAUUCUGUGGCGAUAAUUGCAGUGAUGUUAAACUUCCAAUAUUCGACCGUGAUAAGGAUAAAUCUCGACUUUCGGAUAUGAUAAUGACAUAUUUGUCCAUAAUGGUAUCUCCGGCGGACUUGCUCCCCCAGGUGGUGUGUGGGAGUUGUGCACAUAAGCUUGAUGAGUUCCACACCUUCAGAGAGUUGUCACACAAGUCAGAAAGGCUACUAGAGCAGUUCCUUCAGUAUGCCAAUUCACUUUCAGGCCCAAAAGAGGACAUCCUGAACAUAACCGCCUGCAAGUUAGAGGAGAUCAUCAAGCCGCUGAACGAUGACGAGUACCUGCUCGACAAGCACAAAUACGACACCGGCUCGCCGGACUCCACGGAGGAGAUGAAGAACUUGGAGAGCCGGCAGGCGGCGGUCACACUUUUACAAAUUAAAAACUACGACCCGAACAAAUACGCCGUGAAACCCGCGGAGGACCAUCAUAUAGUGUUCAACAGCGUGCCGAGCUUGCCGCCUUCGGAGCGAGCGAGAGAAGUAAUGCACUGUAAUGCCGUCAUCGACAUAAUAAGCAAAGCCGUAGCAGUCGCACAGCGCGAGAACGAGGAAUCUCACAAAUAUCCACCGAAUUACUCAACCGUCAUCGAGCGGUCCAACCCGAGCGAAGCCUACACUCACGAAUACCCUGAAGAGCAGUACAGCAAUGCCUACAGCGCCCCGCCCGCGCCCAGUCCCGGCAGCCACGAGGACCAGGAACAUAAAGAAAUGGACUUGUCACUGUACGGGGGCGUUAAGAACGAGCCCGUCGAACAAACUGAGCCCGCCGAGCAUCAAAACUCGUACUUCCACAAAGCGCUGAGCCAGAAGCAAGCAAACUUUUCUGACGAGUACAAACAGCAUGUGUUCGGACGAUCGGGGAACAAGAAGUCGCGAGACUCGGUGUACGAGGAGUGCAGUCAGAGCAGUAGCGGCUCUGAUCCCGACCGACUGCAAAUGGAUAUCUCUCAGAUGUCGCAGGACGACCCAGAAGAGACGCAGUCGGCGAGGUCAGCGCAGUCAUCUCCGCAGCCGCGACAAGAGGGUGAUACCGACAAGGAUUCCCUCUGGCAAGCUCUUAACAGACAAAAUGGUCGUGGUGGAGAAGCAACCCAGCUACUGAAACGGCUUAUCAACAGCAAGCACCUCGGCAUGACAGUGUCGCCACUGCGAGCGUCCACGUCCCCCAUGCCGCUGCCCGUGCCCAACGGCGCGCAUUCACCGAACGGCGAGUGGCAGUCUCGAGCAGCGGGUCCCGCCGGCACGGCGCGCAGGAAGCAGAGUUUCCCGGCGCGCGCGCAGCCCGCCCCCGCGCCGGCGCACAACGACGCGCCGCACUGGCCCGCCGCGCCCGACAACCAAGAGGCAUCCGACACAUCAACGGGGUCCCGCUCCGUGCCGCGCGUCGAGCUCUCCUGCAGCAACUGCGGCACGCACACCACCACAAUAUGGCGGCGCGACGCGCGCGGCGAGAUGGUGUGCAACGCGUGCGGGCUGUACUACAAGCUGCACGGCGUGCCGCGUCCCACCGCCAUGCGCCGCGACACCAUACACACGCGCCGCCGCCGCCCCAGACACGACAAGCAGCGGAACAAAUCCCGACGCGGGGCCAAUACAUGUGCAGAGCCAGCCGAGCCGCCUGUAGCGGCCGAGGGCGCACCCGAGGAGGCAGUACUGGCGGCGCUACGGCGGCAACUGCAGCCGCAUCUGCUAGCCGCGCUGCAUGCACAGAAUACGCGCCCGCAGGUGGGCCGCAGCGCGCCCGAGUACGACGAAGCGCCACUGAACCUCGUGGCGUCGCACGCGGCGGCCGAGGAGACGCACUGACUGCCCUGUGAUACCGCGCACCCGCCCGCCCCACACUCACUAACUGCUGAGCCAGGUGUUCGCUAACGGUUGCGAUCGACUUCUCUUGGUAACCUUUUCAUUUCACACGAUUAAAGUGAAUAAGUUUGACCUCUUAUCUCCAUCAAACGAGAACAAUUUGAUCAGCGUAGGAGAUAAAGUUGAAUGCCUUUUGUUUUGGAAUCGGGCGAAACUGGUUUUAGAAUUAUUUAUGUUACCAUCGUAUCAAAGUUUGCCAAGAAAAUUCAUCGCUCUCCCUAGCUCGUUACAUCCAUUCGCGUGUACGUGUUAGGGCUUGUUUUGUAAAAGAGGAUGAACGAAUAAAGGGGUAAAGGGAUUAUAUAAUAUUAAUUAAGACAUUUUAAACCUUUCUUUUACAAAGCAAACUCAACACGUCGCAUCAUAGCGAUAAAACAAAUUCAAACGCAUAAUUUAAUAACCAUUUUAUACUUUUAUUUAUAUUAUUUAGUUAUACAAGGCCAGUGUCAAUAGACAAGAAAUAACCAAGGAUUUUUAGUUUACAUUUACAGCGUCAGUAAUUGGGCAUUAUGUUACGUAUAAUAAUACCUCCAUACAGUAACAAUAUUUAUUUUUUGAGCAAAAGUUAUCAUUCAAUAUUUGUGCACAUUCUGUCUCAUAAGUAGGUAUUUAAUUUAGACAUCAUUGGUUGAUUUACAUUUUGAUUCGAUCAACUUCAUUAUUGCAUUGGAUAACUUAGUCACAAAAGUAUAAUUUCAGUAUUGUAGUACAGCAUCGAGUUAAGUUUGUCUGGUAACGUUCGUAUGUUUCAAGCGGUUCGAUACUGUACGUAGAAGGUGUGUGGGGUUAUUGUUAAUAUUAUGAUUAAGAUAAUUGGUCCCGAGGCGCGAGCGCUCUCAGGACAGUGUCCAAUCUAAAGCUAUGACGAAUAUUUCGUCGUGGUUUAUAUGAUAAGGACACAAGACCCGCUCUAUCGAGCAUACGUUACAGUUAUUAAUAGAUUGUAAAACUACUGGUAGGCUCCAAAUGUUGACAGAAAUGUUACAAUUUUGUCGAAAGCCGCUAUAGGGCGGGUCGCGGGCCGGAUGCCAGUUAUAAAGGCAAAAGUGAAAUCUCGUACGUUAGAAACACGAUGAUAAAUAAGUAUAUUAAGCCUUGCCUUAAAAUGCUCUCUUAUUGAUGAAAUUAUAUAAACGGUUACCUUUUUCAGGACGCAAGUAUUCGUUUAGAAUUACGUAAUUUAAGAUAUUGUAAAUUUGAUUAUUUACAUAGUACCUAGGAGCGUUAAAGAUAAAUCAUUAAAUUAUAGCGUUUAAUUUAUUUCCCUUUCGGUCAGUAUUUAAAAUGUAAGUAUUCUUUCUGUCGAGUAUUGCCUUAGUUCUUUAAGGUUACAACGUUAAGAAGCAAUAAUGACAAAUGAGUAUCUACUUAUCGUAACGUAUACGUUAUGCGAACCAUUUAUAUAUUUUGAUAAAUCGUAAGGUGGUAGGUUAUAGAUACCGUUCAAUAGCUUCGUCGCAAUGUUGUACUAGAGCAGAUUCAAGAUUUCCAAUAAUGAACAGUUGCCUUCGUAUAUUAUACUAAUCUACAUUUUAAAUGGUAUAGGCGAAGGGCUCAUGUAGCGGCGUGGCAUCGCUUCGCGUAGCAGUGUCACGCCGCUGCGUAGCUUUUGCGCCAUAGUUUCUCGGCAUUAUUAAAAUAGAUAAAUAAUUUAGAUAUGAUUUUUAUGUUAGAAACAUAAUCUUUUAAUGUGUGGAUAUAUUCAUACAUUCGCGAAUGUGAACACAUUCAACAACAGCGAACAGCCAAAACGUCGAGGCAUUAUGUGUUUAAAUUUACCGUGAACACCUCAUCGUGGUCAGUGUCUAUUAUAUUUGUAGCAAAAGGCAUUUACGUUAUGUGCUCAGCGUAUGUUUUGUUGUUGGCAGGCGCGCGCCGCCUGAUCGCCGUCCCUUUACUUGAUAUUCUCUACUUAAUUUAGUUGUAUUGAAUUCGUAUUAGUGUCAACCCCCACGGGCCAGUAAUAGACAGUCUAUGAGACGUUGUGAUACCUUAGCUAGGGGCCGCGAGUAGGCUCGCGGCCGAGUGAUCCUCUCGCAGCUAUUUUUGUCCUCUUUGUCACGUUUGACGCGCUAAGCUUACCGUAUUUUAUAGCUUUAAAAUUGAGAUUAUUUAUCGUUUACUAUUGGGAUCACCGUAUGUACUCGUAUAGUUCGUCAGUGUGGUAGUGUUACUGCUUAGUAUUGCUUACUCUUACUCGACGAGGCGAUGGUAGUCUUCUUGACAAUAAACUUUCGUAACAUUUAGGGUUUAAAUUAAACUGUUCUCAAAUUAUGCUCUCUAUCGGACUUUUCUAGCUCUCUGUCGGAUGAUAUUAAAAUCGAUCUGUGAAUGAUAUUAAAGGAAAUGCACGCCAAGUGCUUAUUUUUCUAUAGGGAAUCUAUUUUGUGGAAAAUAAUCUCGACCGAAGAGUCAUUCUCUACACGCGCUGCUAUAGCUGCUGGCAUUAGUGAUACAGUAUUAUUUUAUUAAAUUUUAUCUUUGUACAUGUCUUAGGUUUAUUAUUAUUUAGUAUUUUUGUAGUUUUAAUAAUUGACGUCUGUUAUUAUGCUAUCGGUAAUCGGUAUCAGGUGAAUUCUCUCUUGUCAAGUACACACUAACUAUGUUCCUUAUGAAACUGUAUUUUAAUCAAUUAUUUAUUGAACUUGUUGAAUCAACUUCCCUUAUGUUCCCUUAACUAGAACCGUAGCAUUAACGAGUAUUGACGCCUUUAGAUCUUCCAAUUCGGUUAUUUAUAAUUUAGGUUAAUUUAUGAAUAUCAUAAGAAUUUGAUGAACAAUGUAUAUCGAUAUUUAGUUACUAACAAACCGGUUGUGUUGUGUGUGCUUAUGCUCUAACAAGCAUGUGUUUGUGAUUUUGUUUAUGCCGUUCUGUACCGUGAAUUCGGCUGCAGACAGCGACCUUAAUGACGUGUAUUAUUAUAAUUUAUGCUGAAAUAUUGGCUUCGAAUCUCUUUGAAAUUCCAAUUAUAUUAAACACCGUUUCUCAAUACUAAAGACUGACAGACACGCGCUAUGUUUUCAGAACCAUGUGCAUUGCUAGCACAGUAGCGUGUUCCCCUUCCGUCUAACGUGUAUCUCUGUCGAACUAACUUCAAAUUGUUCUAUGAGAAAGAGACAGCUGACUCGACCUAGACAAACGCUACUGUGAUAGCUGACGUGUAUUGUGUGUAUUAGUUUGUGCAACAAUGCACUUUCUCUAGUAGCGAUCUAAAGAUGACAAAAGUAUUGUAAUUAAAAUGUGAUAUUUGUUUGAGAAUGUAAGUGCGUGUUUCCGAAAAGCAAUAACAUUGUGAUAAGUGAAUGAGCAUUUUUUGCGAAACUCAGGCUUAUUCUGUAUGUAAUAAUACUGUCAAUUAUGUAUUAGGAGCGGUCCCGCCCACGGGCGUCGUAGAACGUGUGAUUAUACAACUGCAUAAGCAAUAACGAUAUGAUUUCUUUAUACUACAUUAUACAUGCAGCUACCUUGAGCUGGUACGUACACUAAUUUCCAAUUGUCGAUUGGAUGAAUGUUUAAUACUCAUACAUGUAGCAGAUGUAAUAAAUUCGAAUGUAAUCGAAAAUUGAAAAAGCAAUAUUCCGAAUAGAAAGCUUAGGAGGACCAUUCGUAAACGAUAAGUUUGUCUUCAAAACGAUCUAUGUACUACAUAUAUUUGUAUAUUGUGUAAGUUUCAGCAUAAAUUAUCCACUGAGAUUGUGAGCACGUGCGGAAUACUCAUUGUGAACAUUAAUUAUUGUUGUAUAGAUGAUAAAUAAUGUGACUUACGCAGGGAUGGAUACUUAAAUUAUUAAAAUUUUAACUGAUAUAUUGGCUAUGUAGUGAGUAGAAUAUUUUUUUACAAAUAAAUGAUAGCAGCUA